AACAUCCUCUCUCUGCAAUUUCUUUUUCUUUCUUUCUUUAUUUAAAUAUUAAUGAUUUCCCUCAAAGCCCCGAAGCCCAUUUUUGUUACUACCAUCCCCUCUCUCUCUCUCUCUCUCUCUUUCUCUCUCUGAAUUCUCCAGCUGAAUUUUUCGUUUUUCCGUUUGCUUCCCGGGAAAACUCACAAUUGCUUCCCGGAGAAGUCUCUUUCUUUUCCAGGUACAGCCCAUUUACUUUCGUUUUUCCGUUUGUUUCCCGGGAAAACUCACAGUUGCUUCCCGGAAAAGUCUCUUUCUUUUCCAGAGUGACCAGUGAAGUUUCUGCUGAUAAUUGGAAGUCGUACAAGAAAAUGUCUUCAACAAAGGCUGACAGGAAGGCAGCUGGUGAUGCAGCUUCAUGGCUGUUCAAUGUUGUCACAUCUGUUGGAAUCAUCCUCGUCAAUAAAGCCUUGAUGGCUACCUACGGUUAUAGUUUUGCUACAACAUUAACGGGUCUGCAUUUUGCCACAACAACAUUGUUAACUGUUGUCCUUAGGUGGCUGGGUUAUAUCCAGCCUUCCCAUCUACCACUGCCUGAUCUUCUGAAGUUUGUUUUGUUUGCAAACUGUUCUAUUGUUGGAAUGAAUGUGAGUUUGAUGUGGAACUCGGUUGGAUUUUAUCAGAUUGCGAAGCUGAGUAUGAUCCCAGUAUCUUGUUUUCUGGAAGUUGUCUUGGACAGCGUGCGGUAUUCAAGGGACACAAAGCUUAGUAUACUAGUAGUUCUUCUUGGUGUGGCAGUAUGUACUGUUACAGAUGUGAGUGUUAAUGCCAAGGGAUUUGUAGCUGCUGUAAUAGCAGUUUGGAGCACUGCCUUGCAACAGUAUUAUGUACAUUAUCUUCAACGGAGGUAUUCUCUAGGAUCUUUCAACUUAUUGGGGCACACUGCUCCAGCACAAGCUGCAUCUCUGCUGGUAGUAGGGCCCUUUUUGGACUAUUGGUUGACAAACAAUAGAGUUGAUGCUUAUGCCUACACUUUCAUAUCCACUUUGUUCAUAGUCGUGUCGUGCAGCAUUGCAGUAGGGACAAACCUCAGCCAAUUCAUCUGCAUUGGCAGGUUUACAGCCGUGUCAUUCCAAGUGCUUGGACAUAUGAAGACAAUUCUUGUCCUGAUUUUAGGAUUUAUUUUCUUCGGGAAAGAGGGUCUCAAUCUUCAUGUAGUUGUAGGCAUGAUCAUUGCAGUAGCAGGAAUGAUCUGGUAUGGAAACGCCUCAUCUAAGCCCGGAGGGAAGGAGCGCCGUAGUCUUUCAAUGAAUGGCAACAAAUCACAAAAACAUGAUGGGUUACCAGAAUCCACCGAGGUGGAUGAUAAGGUUUAGAGUUCAGUUGAAGGUUGGAAAAGAAAAGGAGGAAAAAGACAAAUAUGCACUCGGCAUUUUAGAUCAGCUGAUUUCAGGAACACUUUACACUUGGGAGGUCAUAGUACUUUACUAAAUUUUUUCAUCACAGAUUGUUUUCUUGUUCUUGAAUUAAUUCACGUAAAGGAUGCUGUUGAGUGGGAUACUAAUUCCCCAAAGUUACGUCCACAAUCAUCUUCUAUAGUAAUUUAUUUCCUUGUGAAAA